CCCUACUGGAUCGGGGCAAAGGUCCAUCCUUAAGUGCAGCCAGCCGCUUCUGGGAAGCGCAUGAAGGCAGGCACAAGGGCGGCUGCUUGCCCCCGCAUCGGGCAUUCUGGGGUAGACUGCCCUGGCGCAUGGAGGCUCCAUAGGAAACCGCUAGCAUCUUACCCACACCUUUCCAGCCGCUCGUUAAUCCUCCCUCCUCUAAAACCCCAAACGGCCAAAGGGGCCACCGAAAGUCCAGCCUCUCCGGGUCUUGCCUUCUGCCUCCCACCGCUCCAGAGUGCCCCGGUCGCUCCUGCGGACGCUGCCUAAGAACUCGGGCGGGAUGGGCUCCAUCCGGCCGUCCAGCCUUUCUGGGCACGGCCCUUGCUCCCGCGCGCAGGCCUCCGCCGCCCUCCGGCAAUGCGCGCCCAGCUCCUCGGCGUCCAGCAGCGCCAGCUCCUCCAGCAGCGCGUCUCGCUGGGCCUGUCCCAGCUCGCCCCAGAAGCGCAACAAGUGGGACUGGCCGGCGCGCUCCAGCAGCGCCCGGAUCUCCUCUUCCCGGGGCGCCAUCGCGGCGGUUCUGCAAAGAGGGAGCCUUCCUGCAAUUUGCGAGAAAUAACUUUCGCGGGGGGGAGCGCGACCCCCGCAAGCCAACGCAGAUGGAAGGUGGACGGGGAGCGCGCGCCACGCCGUGGAACGUUCCCCGAGAAAAAACGGGACGCCACCUCAAGCUCGUCCCGCCUGCAGGAGGCGGAGGGCGCUUUUGCUCGCUCACUGCAGCACCUUCACCGCUCCCCCCUCCCCGAACCUUGGCCGGGAAAAAGAAAGUUGCAGCCAACCCGCAGCUAAGCAAGCAACUGGUAGGGGCCGGCCCAGGAGGGAGAGGAAAGGCGGGGAAUAGGUAGCUGACCCACCGGCCCACCCCCGGGCCUGAGAAACGCUCUCCUUCCGCAUCCUGUUUUCCUCGAGGAUGCAAAGGGGGCAGUUAAUAACUACCUAUUGAUAGUAUUGGUAGUAGGGGGGUAGGAGUCGGUGGAGCUUGCUUGUGUGAUCCAGCGCGAUCCUGUGCGUGUCUAUUUAGAAGUCUCUUGAGUUGGGGGGAGGGCGGAGGGACUUCCCGGUAAAGCCUGCCCAGGAUUGCACCCUGAUCCUUGACUAGUGUCUCCAUUUUAGUUAAUGACCGUGCCGAGCUAUUGAUAAUCCUUGACAAGCUCAACGUCGUUGUCAAUCAUCAUAUAAAUGUUAUUAUAAUGCAAUCCCACCAAAGGCUGAAAUGCAGCUUUUGAGGAGAGUCGCGAGGGAGGGGGAAUUAAGCCCUGCGCCUGCGCGUCAGGAAAAGCCAGCUCCGGCCAGUCCUGGGGUUGCUAAGGGGCCCCUUCCCCUUCUUUAUGGGGAAUCUUAUAAAAAAGAUUCUUUCCCGUCGACCGCGCGGAGGCGAGGAAAUCAAACCAGCUCGCCGCGCGCCUCAGCCAAUCCGCUCUGAGGGCCCCGAGCCGCCGGCCAAUGAGCGGGUGCUGGCGGCGCCGACGUCACGGACGGGGCUGUCCCCGCCCGGCCCUUUGGAACGUUCGGAGGGCAACUUUUGUUUCCUGUCGGGACUUUGUAGAGAUUUCGGCCGCGGGGGCAGCAAUGGCGCCGGUGCGCGACGGCGGCCCCGCCGCCACCGAGGGGCUCCCCCCGGCUUUCCUGCAGAGCCUGCGGACCCUCUUCGACAUCCUGGACGACCGCCGGCGCGGCUACGUGCACCUGCGGGAGAUCGAGUCCCGGUGGCUGCAGCAGGGCGGCGAAGCCAAGGAGCUGCCCCGGGGCGUCUUGCAAGGGCUGCGCCGGGCCGCACCGGCCAGCGGCUACCUCACCUUCGAGCGCUUCGUGCUGGGGCUGAGAGCCUCGCUCUUCAGCCCGGAGAAAGGCGGCAGCAGUCCCGCCGGCAAGCAGGCCCCGCCGCGCCCCGCCGCCCCUCCGAAAAGCAGCCGAGCGGAAGCCGAGGCUCCCGCCGGGUCGGAAAAGACUUGCGGGCGGGGCGCCGGCGGCCCCGCUUCUUGGAGCCUGGAGAAGAUGCCCAGUGGGCAGGCGGAGCAGAGCCAGCGCAAGCGAGCCGCCGUGGAUGGCAGUGGUGUCCGAAAGCUUGCCGGGCAGUCCCAGUACGAGAGCACCUCUAAAGUGGCAGUGGAUGUCCGGAGGCAGCCGAGAGGCCGUGGCGAGCAGAGAAGGCACACCAUCACCAACGGGGUGGACUAUGGCGUGCUGAAGCAGAUGAAAGAGCUGGAAAGGGAGAAGGAUUUCCUGCUGCAGGGGCUGGAGAUGGUGGAGCGAGCCCGGGCGUGGUACCACCAACAAAUCCACGUCCUCCAAGAGCAUCAGAAGCGGCUAGGCAAAGGCAAAGCUCAGAGUGACUCGUUUGCAGAGGAAACUCCAAGUCACCUGAGCCACCUCCUGCCCAGAUUGCAAGAGCUGAAUCGCUGUCUCUGUGAGCUGCUGUGUCUCUCGGCAAAGCCUUUGCACCAGCCCAGUGUUGUGAUGGGGAAUGGGCCAGCCCCUACUCUCACAGCCUCCCCUCCUCUAGCCGGGCCUCAGCAGGCCACCAAUAUGCUGAAGGAUCAGAACCGUCUCCUCACCAAGGAGGUGACGGACAAAAGCGAACGGAUCACCCAACUGGAGCAGGAAAAGUCAGCCCUGAUCAAGCAGCUCUUUGAAGCCCGUGCCCAGAGCAAUCAUGACUCCAACCAGCUGGACUCCACCUUCAUCUAAGUCCACCCUUGGCUUGGCACUAGUGGAGGGGGAUCAGCUUUUGAAUGCAGUGGACAACCCCCAGCCCCGCUCUGGCUACAAGCCACUUGCAGGCUCUUGUGUAGGUGUGAACAAGGCGGUGAUUUACACCUCUCCUGUAGACCCAUCUGCUCUUGGAUCUCUGGUUGCUUUUCGACAAAGGCCUGAAUUCAGGACAACGGACACCAUUUAGUUUUCCUGGCCGUUGGUAAAGGAGGGUUGGAGUGCCAGCCUGCCCCCCUCCAGUCAACCCUCUCCUGGAUCCAAGUUUGGUUCAGCUGGUGUUUCCCCCCCGAAAAUGCAACAGAUGUUUUGGAUUUUUACUUCCUGUCCUUUGACGCCAUUCCACUGAGCAUGGAUGCAGAGUUGGGUCCUUCACCCUGAUGUUGACACUCCAGCCUUGGCGAUGAAACUCCCAUUUGCCAUGGCCAGAAGUCUUCUCUUUGACGCAAGAAGCAAACUUAAUGGCGUUUCUCUCUAGAAUAUCUGUGACUCGCUGACAAACACUCCAAAUUUCGAGAAGGGCGUGUGCUCUAUGUUGAACGCUGAAAGCUGUUCUAGAAGUGAGAUUCAGGCCCUGAAAAUGAAGUAUUUAAUUGUCAGGAGUGGUUUUUCUCUCUGGCUUAAGAGGAGAGUACUUCUGAGUACAUGCAGAGUGCUGUUUCCACAGGACUCCUUUACUGCAGCUGGGCUUCAGGCUAAUUUGAACCCCAUUCCCAAAUGUGUGCCCUUUUUUUUCCUGUCGGUUUGCAUAAAAGCACCUCUGCUGGGUCACACCAAAGGCCAACCAGAUGACUUUUGGAGGUAUAUUGCCUCUGGUACUGGAGAGUCUUUUUUAGCUAUCAUGAUUAAGAGACUUCUCAUUUUGUAUCAAGUGGUUGGAGGUUUUCAAGCAAGCUUGGAUAUCUCUUGGACAUAGUUGGUGUAGGCUUAUCUUGUGAUGCUUGAUAUUUUUUAACCAACUAAGUUAAAAGUGGCUAACCAGUGCCCAACAGACAGCACCAGGCCCACAAUACAAAACCUCUCUCUUCUGCAACCUCAUGCCCUGCCAGGCUGUGGGAGUGCAGCAUGAGGUCAAGCAUCCCUUUGCAUUCCCCCAUGUGCCCUUAUUUUAUCCUCUACCUCUAAAAAGACUUACCAGCCACCUGUCUCAAAAUUUAGAUGCCAUUACUAAGAGCCGCUGAUACCCAGACCAAUUCAUGGAGGAAGAGAUGGCUAAAACCAUCUAAGCUAGCAGUUAUUGCUGCAUCUUGUGGCAGUGAGUCCCACAAGUUUAGCUCUGCACUGUGCAAAGAAUUCCUUUCUUAACGCCUGUGCUUAAAUCAACUGCCAAUCGGUUUCAGCGGAUGACCCUGAGGUCUAGCAUUAGGAGCGAGGGAGAAAAACCUCUCUCGCUGUCACUCUCUCUCUCACUCUGCACCAUGCAUCAUUUUUACAAACCCUGGAACUAAAAUGCCAAGAACUCAGGGAUGAGCUGGGUUGCUGUCUUUCAAAUGUUAACCCCCAUCUCCCCUUCUGGCAUUGUGCAAAACAUGUGGUACCCUCCACUGUUUGAAGACAGGAUACUGGGUGCCAUGCACUGUUGAUCCAAAUUGGACUGGUGUUAAUAGGGGUUAGGUGAGGUGUUUGCAUGAGAGCUUUUUCGUUUGGCAUUGUAGCAAUUAGUAGGUACGGAAUAGCGCUAGCCAGCCCCCUGCAAAGGUUGCGUGACUCCUUCCUAUGGUUGGUGCAGACCUGUAUAGAGGGGUAUUUAUCAGGGCUCAAAUGAGCACACAAUCUUGUACAGGUGUGUGCUUAACUUGGCUGUCCUUUUUUCUGUCUGAUUGCCAACAACGGGCACCAUGAAACAACUUUCAAAACAACUUACUGGACACAAGAGCGCUUCACCUGGGCCUUCUUACAGCUAUAUGUGGAGUACGUCUCUUGGAGUGGUGUCGAGACACCCCUAGAUCAGCUAGGCCUGGUCUAGCCACAGUAGCCCUUGCCAGGUGGACGUAUGGUGUUUUGUUUUUUUACACCACUACUGUGCAGGUGCCUUUACGUGCUGUUUGAAACUAUAGCUGACAUGUGUAAAUAAAUCAGGGCCAGUCUGUCCAUUUUGGGUUCUCUCUCUUUCUCACUUUUCCAGUCUUAAGUUCAGUUUUCCACAUCAGUUGACAAUUAAAAAAAAAAAUUCCUAUGAAAAUUCAUCCGCAUUCCAGUGCAAACUUCUCCUAAUGUACACAUUUUUGUAUGUGAUUUUGCCUACGAUACACAUUUUUGCAGAGGAUUUUUCCCAAAUAUAAUACAUUUUUUGCAUAUCAUUUUCACUUAAUAUAUGCAUUGUUUUUAACCACAGUAUGUGAAGUUUUGUACACAUUUAUUUUUUUAUUUUAUUUUCAUUUCAUUUAUAAACCGCCCAUAGCUAGUAGCUCUCUGGGCGGUGUACAAAACAGGAUUAAAAUACAAUAUUACAAUAAAAUCAAUAACAAAUAGCAGCAAGUUAAACUAAAAACAUAAAACAUUGAACAUUAAAAUGCCUGGGAGUAUAGCCAGGUCUUAACCUGGCGCCUAAAGGAAAGGACCGUAGGCGCCAGGCGUAUCUCCUCAGGUAGGCUGUUCCACAGUUCGGGGGCCACAUAACUUAGCUGGAGAACUAAGAAUUACUGCAAAAUUCAGAGAAGUGCAAAUUUCAAACGGUGGCUGCGUUUCAGUUCAUGUAGCAUUUUUGGAAAGUGUGGAUUAGGUAGCUUCGCCUUUAAAGGCAAACGGAAUCAAAUUAUUUCUGCCAGAGCCUUGUGGCUGAAUAUGGAGCUGGCUGGUUCAAAGCAGUAUGUAAAAUUCAGCAUCCCCUUCUCAUAUGUAGGUGUGCCCGCCAUCUUCCAAAGCUCCCUGGCCUUAACAGUCCCCUUCCUUCCAAUGGUACGUACUUUCUCUUUGACCUCUUUGAGGGGUUUCCUUCUUGCCACCCUCAUUUCUCAGCAUUUUGCCUCCUCCACCCACCUGUUCCUCAAUUCUGAUGCUUUUCACCCUUGGUCUUGGCUUAUCCCCCUUCCUUUUCUGUCACUCUAACCACUAUGCCAUGCUGGUGUGGUUUAGCCGUUAAGGUGCUGGACUACGACCUGGGAGACCAGGGUUUGAAUCCCCACCCAGCCAUGAAGCUCACUGGGUGACCUUGGGCCAGUCACUGCCUCUCAGCCUCAGAGGGAGGCAAUGGGAAACCCCCUCUGAAUAUCGCUUACCUUGAAAAUCCUAUUCAUAGGGUCGCCAUAAGUCAGGAUCGACUUGAAGGCAGUCCAUUUCCAUUUUGAUUUAGGAUGUCUCUGCAAACAGUCAUUUUGUGCCGUAAUGUGGCUAAGGUGCUUUGUAGAGAUGCCUCUCCUUUCUCCAGCUGCUACGGGCGUUGAGUCCCCCUCCCCAAACAUGUUUACAUCUGUAUGUCAUUUUGGUCUUGUAUGUAGCAUUUGUAACUGUUGCCUGAAGUUCUUUUAUACUUGUUAAAAUGUUUUGUGACCGUGGAGAAGUGUUCUCUUUCAAUCCCAAAAUAAAAGCUGAAAUGAGCCUAAAACAACUACUACAUCAUCCAC